AUGCAGGAGGCACCGGCCGCGCCCGCGGAGUCGGGUCCCAGCUGCGCGCCCGCCCUCCUCGGCAAGCUGCGGGCGCUGGUGCGCGACCCGCGCACCGACCACCUGAUCCGCUGGAGCCCGAGCGGGGCCAGUUUCCUCGUCAGCGACCAGAGCCGCUUCGCCAAGGACGUGCUGCCCCGGUACUUCAAGCGCAGCAACAGGGCAAGCUUCGAGCGGCAGCUCAACAUGUACGGUUUGGGGAAGGUGGUGAGCCUCGCGCAGGGCGGCCCCGGGCCGGAGCGCGACCACGUGGAGUUCCAGCACCCGAGUGUUGUGCGUGGCCGAGAGCAGCUGCUGGAACGUGUGCGGCGCCAGGUGCCCGCCCUGCGCAGCGACGACGGACGCUGGCGCCCCGAGGGCCUGGGCUGGCUGCGGGGCGAGGUGCAAGCGUUGAGGGGAGCGCAGGAGAGCGCCGAGGCCCCGCUGCGGGAGCUCAGGCAGAGCAAUGAGAUCUUAUGGAGGGAGGUGGGGACCCUGCAGCAGCGCCACAGCCAACAGCAUUGGGUCAUGGGCAAGCUGAUCCAGUGGCUCUUGGGGCCACUUCAGGCCGGGCCCAGCAGCACAGGAGUUAGGAGAAAGCUGUCCCUGAUGCUGGAUGAGGGGAGUUCAUGCCCAACACCCACCAAACUCAGCGCCUGCCCCCCUCCUGGUGCCCUCCUGCGGGACUCCUACUUUAUACAGUUGAUAGCCUUCUACUUACAGCCCCUCCCAGAGACCAGCUUGGGCCUCAGCAGUCCUCACAGGGCAAGAAGUCCCAUCAUCUCUGACAUCCUGCAAGACUCUCCAUCUCCUGAAGGGACCAGGCUUUUUCCCUGCAGUGCUGGUAAGAGGGAGAAGGGCCUGGCACUGCUCGAGGAAAAGCCAGCGAGCCCGGGGGGGGGGGAAGGCCAGGCCAGGCUGACCCUAGCCCCAAAGGAGUGUGACUUCUGCGCAACAGCCCCCCCACAGCUGUCUUUGGCAGUGGUGCAGGCCACCUUGGAAGGGAAGAGCUUCAGCCCUGAGGAACCCAGGAAUGCCCAGCAGCCUGAGCCAAGGAGUCCCAGGGAGGUCCCUGAGAGGGGGCCGCUGGGCCUGGAGAGGGGGGAUCAGAGCCCAGAGAGUCUGCUACCUCCCACACUGCUUCGGGCUCCCCCUGAAAGUGUGGCGCCUGCAAGGCCCCUAGAUGUGCUGGGCCCCAGCCUCCAAGGGCAAGAAUGGACCUUGAUGGACUUGGACAUGGAGUUGCCCCUAAUGCAGCCCUUGGUUCCAGAGACGGAUGAGGAGACCGAGUUUGCAGUCAAGGGGUUGAAUUCUCCUGGUAAUGGGAAGGACUCCACACCUGGGACACCACCCGUGCUGGAUCUCCAAGCAGCUUUGGGAGGCCCAGCCUUUGGCCUGCCUGGAGCUUUAGCCAUUUACAGCGCCCCUGAGAGCCGAGCUUCCCCCCUCGCCAGUCCCUCCCCCUGGGAAGGCCUCGGCUCUGAGGCCGGCCGCAGCACGCCCUUCUCGGCUCCCUGGCGCCCCCCGGAGGAGGCUGAGCGAAGUCCCGGCUACUGGCGGUCCCUCUCCAUGGCCAAGCCCCGCGCACAAACUCAUUUCCCCCCUGCGUCUCUGGUCUUUUCUCUGCCGCCCAGGGAGAGAUCGCGGGUGCCGGGGGGAGGGACUUUACAUUCGUACAAGCAUCCAGAUGCUGGAGCUUUAACGGAGGCACCGCUGGAGAGUGGCGGUGCUUGGGUAGCGCCUAGUUCUCCUGCUCCCGGCUGCACCCAGGGCCGGCGCGCAGCCAACGCAGCCUCCAGGAGGAGGGGGCUUCUGGGUCACAGUUCAGCAGUGCAUCCACUUUGUGAACCCGGGUAAGCUGGUCUCCUCCGAGCCUCAUCUGUGACAGCAAGAGGGGUCCACCACAGAAUAGGGGCACAGCCCCCGGGCACUGCCAGGCUCGGAAGGGCACUGGGCACUUGGGGCGCAAGCCGAACUGCU